GUACAGAACCGAAUAGUCUGUGAUUGUGGUCACAAGUUACGCUAGGUUGAUAGUCGGGUUAGUGUUGUGACUUGCGAGUGGGCUGUCGAUGUUGACGCGUUCUUACAACAGUUCUGCUUUUUUAUUUUAUUUUUCGUACAUACAUCACAAUAAUAUAAAGUUGUUAGUUUUGUUGUUGAAAGUUUGCUAAUUCGGUUUAUCUUUUAUGUAAAUAGAAGACGGGCGCGAGCUCAAAGCCAUUCUUUCGCACACUAAUUGAUUUCGUAAUUGGUAAAAAAAAAAUCAUUGUGAAAGGUAUUAAUUGGCCACCGUCGAUAGAAUUUUUCACAAUAAUCUCGCUGACCAGCGUUAUUUCAAUUUUUUUUUCUUUAUUCUUCGUACUUGUGCUAUACUAUAGUUGGUUAAUUCGGUAUAAUUAGAAGCUUAAUGGUGUCGCGAUUUCAGUUACUAUAAGACUCAGUUACCUAAGUGUUUACCUGUUGUACCUACCUGUGUGUGUACUAAUUACUCGUGUCAUUAGUUUCGUUAUUCGUAAUCGUCGUUGCUCUCCAGUGUUUAACUUUGGAAUUGAUUAAGCGCCGCUGUACCUGCCUAUACUAAUUUGCAAGUUGAUAUCAUAUGGUAAGGUGAGGCAGCCCCCCCGAAGACGCGAGUAAUUCACUCACAAGUCACAAGCGAAACAUCGGAGUUUUGAGUAAAGAUGGCGGAAGCUCAUUCAGCUGUGGCGUUUUCGUUCGCCGUUACUCACGAAGGAUGGGAUGUGAAUUUCGACCGAGAAGUACUGCGAUUGGUCGUCGCUUCGGGAAUGCGAUCGUGGAAGAAGAGAUUCCUUCGUUUUCAGAAUAAUAUCAGAAAUGGAAUGUACCCCGCUUCACCGCAAAGUCUAUGGGCGAUGGUGGCUCUGGUGGCAGCGUUACAGCUUGCUGGAUUUUCGUUACCUUUUGGAUCCUACGAUUUUGUACUAAAUCACAUGCCAGCGCCGACGAUAUUUUGGCAUUUUAUGACGUGCUUAUUAUUGGGAUUAGUCGUUUGGCUGUUAUUUAUCUACACCAUCCGCUACAUAUUGAAAUUACUGCUCAUGUACAAAGGUUGGAUGUUCGAAACGAGAACGAAAAAUAAUAAAGUAUCGUUAGCAACUAGACUAUGGGCUGUAGGCGUGAAAUUAUUUUCCGGUACGACGAAACCGUUAUUGUACAGUUACCAAGGCUCCUUGCCGAGAUUACCCCUUCCUCCAGUUCACGAUACAAUGCAAAGGUAUUUGCGCAGUGUCCGGCCAUUAUUAGAUGAUGAAAAUUACGAUAAAAUGAGACAAAUGGCUCGCGAUUUCGAAAACGGUAUCGCCGUCAAAUUACAAAGAUACUUGAUACUUAAAUCAUGGUUUGCCACGAAUUACGUAUCAGAUUGGUGGGAAGAGUAUGUUUAUUUGAGAGGCAGAUCGCCGUUGAUUGUUAACUCUAAUUUUUACGGAAUCGACGCUAUUUCUUUGAAAACUACUCAUGUGCAAGCUGCCAGAGCAGCUAUGGUUGUGAAUAUCGCAUUGAGGUUCCGAAGACUCAUCGAAAGACAAGAACUUGAACCGAUCUUAAUCCAAGGUUUAGUACCGCUUUGUUCGUGGCAAUACGAACGUAUGUUCAACACAACUCGUGUACCCGGAACCGAAUCGGAUAAAAUUGUUCAUUACAACGAUUCGAAGCAUAUUGCAGUCUACCAUCGAGGACGUUACUACAAAGUUAUCAUUUACCAUCGUAAUAGAAUUUUACAACCUUGCGAAAUCGAAGCUCAAAUACAAAAUAUAUUGGACGAUACAUCGCCUCCGGCCAUCGGUGAAGAGAAAUUAGCCGCUUUGACUGCCGGUAACCGGACCGAAUGGGCUGAAAUUAGAAAAACAUACUUUUUCAAAGGCACAAAUCGACAGUCGUUGGAUGCUAUUGAAAAAGCAGCUUUUGUUAUCGCUCUUGACGAUAUUCCUUACGAAUAUAGCGAAUCUGAUCCUAGUAAAUUGGACCAAUAUGGACGAAUCUUACUUCACGGAAAUGGUUAUAAUCGUUGGUUCGAUAAAUCUUUCACACUUUGCAUCGGCACUAACGGAAGGAUUGGUUUUAACGCCGAACAUUCUUGGGCAGAUGCUGCCGUAUUGUCUCAUUUAUGGGAAACUCUUAUCAUGGAAGAAGGCGAUUUUGAUAAAUACGACCAAGAUGGUCAUACGAAAGGAAUCCCAGAAUUUAAACCACCGAAACCGAUUCGUUUACAAUGGGAUUUACCCGAACCUGCGAUCGACGCUAUUGAGAAAUCGUAUAAGACAGCGUACACCUUGUUGAAUGAUUUGGAUUUACGUAUUUUGAUGCACAAAGCUUACGGCAAAGGAUUCAUGAAAACUUGCCGCGUUAGUCCGGAUGCGUAUAUACAGAUGGCGUUGCAAUUAGCCUAUUAUAGGGAUUUCGGAAAAUUCAGUUUGACGUAUGAAGCUUCAAUGACUCGAUUAUAUCGUGAAGGAAGAACGGAAACUGUUAGACCUUGUACGGUUGAAUCGUCUGCUUGGGUUAAAGCUAUGCAAGAUCCUAAUGCUACGACUGAAGAAAGAAUUACCUUAUUGAAGAAAGCUUGUGAAAUCCAUCAACGUGGAUAUCAAGAUGCGAUGGUGGGAAGAGGAAUUGACAGACAUUUGUUCUGUUUAUACGUCGUAUCGAAAUAUUUGGAAGUGGAUUCGCCAUUUUUAAACGCGGUUUUGAGUGAACCAUGGAGACUGUCUACGUCCCAAACGCCGCACGGACAAACGAAUAGAUUCAACGCUAAGGAGAAUCCGGAUUGUAUUUCAGCCGGAGGUGGUUUCGGGCCGGUAGCUGACGACGGCUAUGGUGUCUCGUACAUCGUCGCCGGGGAAGAUCUCAUUUUCUUUCAUAUUUCCAGUAAAUUAAGUAAUCCGCAAACGAACUCGAGUCGAUUUGCUAAUAACAUCGAGAAAGCUCUGGACGAUAUUAAGAAUCUAUUCCAAUCUUGGAAAGCUAUUCAAAACGCUAAAAAUAAUUCGUAAUCGUAGUAUUAUCACUACCCGUGUACUCAUUCUGUGUUAACGAAAACAACAAUUUACAUGUAUUUUUACUGACGAACUCUACCUAUUACUCUGUUCUACGUAAAUUUUAAAAUACGUAUGUAUCCGUUUUUAAGUACUCGAUAAUUUAUUUUUACGUUAAAGGUUUCGUUUUCUUUCUUCCUAUUACUCUCUCUCCUUCUGUUACUGUGUCUCUUGUUUUCGAAAUAACGAUAUUUUUGUAAAUAAAUUUGUAAGUUUUUUUUUUGAACGAUUUUUUUUCUAUCGGUUAUUUUCGUUGUCGUCGAAUAACUUCGGUAUUAUUUUAAUUUAUUUCCUAAACGAAACUGUUAACAUUUUAUAUCCCCAAAAAAUAGUACAAUAAAUUAAUCAAAUAUAGUUAAUAUUCCUGAAAAUUUCAUCGAUCCCGUAUUACCUGUUUAAUUUAUCGUAUCGACGACCUAAAAUCAUCAUCGUAUUAUGAAAAUGUCAACCGAUGUUUUUAAUCUUAUUUAAAAAGUGUUUUUUUAAAAAUUAGUUUUAAAACAAAUAUAGAUAACGUAGGUAACUUGUUAGUAUUAAUCGAAUGCGUUCAAAUUUCGAUUCUCGAAUGCGUGAUUUUACGUUACCUGAGCGUUUUAUUAUUUUUUUUUUUUAGACUAUACUAUUUUAAUUAAAAUUGAAAAUAUUAAACCCAACUAUUUGUAGUUUUUUUUUUCAUUCUGCUGCCUGUGUCGAAAUAGGAUCUAAACUGCGAGAUCAAUUUUUUAGACUCAGGCUGCUAACGGAUACCUACUUGAAUAGUUUUCCUUCCUUCUUCCUUCCCAUUUUUGUGUGUUUUUUUCUUGUUUGUUCUCUUUUUUCCUCGUGUUUGGAUUUUGUUGAUCGGAUGGUUUCUACUCGUAUAUAAGAGAAAAUUUAAAAAGACUAAGUUCUUUGUUUAAUUGUUUUUGUUAUUGUUGUAUGAUUAAUAAUAUUUUUACGUCAGCUGAUACCUACUUGGAAAGAAAUUAUACCAUUUUUCGAUUGAUA